AUGUACAUCCAAUACCGCCUAUUCAGCGAGCACUCCCUCUGGAGGGUGCUCGAAAUAAACAAAAGCGAGAACUACAUUUUGGUCAGCGAGCUGAAGCACAUCAUCUGCAAGCAGAGCAACAUCAACUAUAAUAAUAAGAUCGACAUUUAUUUUUCCGUGUACAAGGAUGAUGAGGAGGGGGAGGGUAGCGGUGUGAGCGGUGUGACCUCAAUAGGCGGCGGGGACCACGAAGUGGCGUUCUUGAAUCCCGAGGACAAAGUAUACAACGGGACGAAGAUUCUCAUCCACAGGCACAUAAGGAAGAAGUCAAAUCUGAGUGAUAUUACUCAUGAGGCAAAAAAAGAAAUAAGUAGUGUCGAUGUCAGAGAAGAACAAAAAAUAAACAUCCCAAAUGAGUUCCUAUGUAAGUUAUGUAGCUACAUCCUAAUCGAUUCGCAUAUCCUUGUGUGCAGUAACAACUGUGGUUACUCGGUGUGCAAGACGUGUAUCUUAUUCUACAUUUUGAACCAACUCCUUAUAUCCGAUGAGAAAAAGACAAGUGCAUUUAUUGAUAUGUCGAGACUUAAGGACAAGUCUAUACAGUGCCCCGUCUGCAAUGGAGCAUUGAAGUACUGCAUUUGGAAUAAGAAGCUGGAGUUAACUUUAAAAAAGAUUCUGGACGAACGUAGCGAUAUCGACUCCUUCAAACUCAACGUUGAAGAAAGGAACGCACGCUUCCUGCGCAUCGUGGAGAAACUGAAGAUUGAAAAUUUCCCCCCGUCAGACAGUGGUGCAAAAGAGAACAUCUUCGAGAGUGACGUGUUCAAGGCUAUUGAACAGAGGUAUAUUCUUUCCAGCGGGAAUAGGAAGACAAAUGAACCCUCCAGCUCCAGGGAGGAGGAAGUGAAGAUUGCUAACCACUUCCUCUACCUGAUGACAAACAAUAGACUAAACUGCACAAAGGAAUUUAACAUGAUUUUCCUCGACUUUGAAAAUCCUAUUUUCGACACAGUGCAGAAGAUGAACCUUCGAGCUGCGUAUGAUCACCAGUUGGGCAAGACCACUGGAGGGGAAGCGGCAUCAUCGGUAAGUGGUGGUGCGGAUCCAAUGGAUGCGGAACGAAACGGGAGCCUCAACAACAGUGCGGCUAAGCAGCUACUUCACACCGAUUCGGACUCGGGAAAGAAAGCAGUUAUAGAGAGCUCCCAAGACGACAUCGACGAGGAGCAGUACAGUCAGAACAAAACCUACAUCAUGCCCAUCUCUUCCGUGGGGGGAGAAACAUCCUACUCCUUAAUCGGUGUCUUCUAUGUGAAGGGUCUAUUCAAACAGGUGUCAACCUCAAGCAAUGAUCGAGACGAGGCCAAGCAGAAAUCCAUUCUGAAAAACUUCCUCCAGAAGUGGUUCUCCGACGAGGUUAAGGGGAAUCAGAACCCAUCCAAGGUAGUGAACCCCUUGGAACGGCUCAAGUCUGGAGAUGUCUACACCCUAGAAUGGAUUCGUAAGUACCAAAAGACGUGCUUCUUCCCCGCGAGGAAACAACCAAUAUAUAAUAUCAUCAAUAGCAGACGGCAGAGAAGUCGGAAAAGAAACAACAUUGAGAUAGUCCUCGAUCUGAGAAGAUUCUUAGAUGUCGUUUUGACUGUAGACAACUACAUCAAAUAUGGGAGUAGGCCAAAUAAUUACGAGACGAAGAAAGGGGGUGGUGGUCCUCUGGGUGUUCUCUCCUCCAAUGUAGAAGAUGAAGAAGGGAAAAAGAAAAUGGCACCUACGAGGUUAGACAAUAAAGUAGCAGAUCCGACUUCGCUACCACACAGCAUUGGCCCUGUUGAUGUUAAGGGGAAUCAGAAUGACGUGGCGAAAGGAGGAAUGCCAAUCGUUACAACAGGAGGGGAGGCAUCAUCUCCAGCUGCACUCACCAAGCAGACCGACUUUCGAGAGUUCUUCGAACUUAUGUAUGACACGAAAGUCUCCCCCGUGAUAAUUGGGAGUAGCUUCAAUGUUAGCAAUCCGUAUGCUGAUUAUUGUGCCCUUUUGCCCUUCUUGACGAAGGAGGAUUUUCUCUUCCUGCGAAAGCUGCAGCGGAUUUAUAAGGAGAAGUACCUGCGGCAGUUGUACAGGCACGUGCGCAGGAACGACCUCAGCAUGAACGUAUUUUUUAACGCCGUCAACUCGGUCUUUUUCUCGAGCCCCAGGUGGCAGGGGUAG